CUCCCAGGCCAGACACUCCGGCUUCAAGCUGCCUCCCCAGAGCCAGAAGCACGACCAGCGCCAGACUCCGCGCCAGUCCCCCGCAAGACCGGCCCGGCUAGCGGCCCCGCCACCCCUGAAGCCGCAGCACCAAGCCGGCCAGAGGCGCGCACUCCCUCCUGCGGAGAGCCAGCCGUGGGGCUACUGAGAGGGAGGCAGGGAGACGCGCGGGCCGGCGCGGGGAGAGGUGAGCUCCCAGGCGGGGGCGGACCCCAGCGCCCGAGGUCUCUGCGAAGUCCAGAGGAAGAAGGCGCCGGCCGGGGCCGAGCCGCUCGGCCCGAGGGUCCAGGGCUGAAACUCAACACCCGCCUCGGGAAGGGCCGUCCCCCUUUCUCCUCCGCCCCUGCCCCUCCCCUCUCCCCUCCCCUCCCUCCUUUCUCUUAAUCCCCAGGACCGAGCCCCGCGCCGGAGAGGAGAGGGCUCGAGGGGAGGCAGGAGCUGCGCGGCGGUGGGGCAGCGGGAGCCCGGGAAGGGGCGGGAAAGGGAGCCGCGAGCUGGGGGGAACCUGGGCGCCUUCCCAGCGCGCUCUGUGCCCCCACCCCAGGCAAGCCCUCCGGACCCGGGCCCCUGCGCCUCCUUCGCCUUCUCUUGGCUCCUUCCUCGGCGUUGUGGCCUUUCUCUUCGUUCCCAGAGGCACCUGAGUCUCCCCCAAGCUCUGGGGCGCGCCGAGGGGCCCUGCCAAGGGUGCAAGUGAGCGGGGGCGGCGGGGCCGGUGCGGGACUCGAGGGCCGAGCGUGGGAGCCAGCUUGGGGCUCAGCGCCCCAGGGCCGAGGGCUGGAAGGGGGACUGGGUUCCCCUGCCGCCUGGGAGAGGGCGGCGCGUGGGGAAGGCCGCGCGCCUCUUACAGUGGUGCCUGGGUGACGCCUACGGCAGGGCCCCUGCCCGCCGCGAGGCCCCGGGAACACGCUGCGCCCUCGUGCUUGAGCGCGAAACCGCCUCACCGCCAGGGGUGCGGGCGCCUGCACAGAAAGCAACCACUCCGGCCACCCUCGCCCCAACAGCCACGCUGUCCCAGACCUUUGGCGUCAGCCUGGCCCCCUUUCGCCAACUUUGGGCGAAUUCGAAGAGAGACUCAGGGCUCGCUCUUCCUCCAUCUCAGGGGUCCCGCCGCAGUGUCCCGGGCUACCGCGACCACGGGACCACGGUCUCGGGAUCACCGCUCUCCGGCGCAUCGUGCGGGCCGGGAGGAAAGGCUGGGCCCCAAAACUCGCUCGUCCGGCCCAACCGCCUCAGCGGCUUCUGCCAGCCCUAGGGGCUGCCCCGAGCGGCCUGGAGAGGCGUCGAGCGCAACCUCAGCUCCCGCCCCCGCGCUCGCCCUGGGAGGCAGCUUUCGGACCAUGCGGGCCCAGAGAGCCUGGGCGGCCUAGGUGGGGCAGCUCCGGGGGCCGGGCCAAAGCGGCGGCCCCCGGGGGGCCGCGGGGACAGCACAGAGAGCGCACCCUUGGAUGAGGUCCCGCAGUGACGCCCCGGCCCGCCCCGCUCCUCCUCCUGCCUGGCCAGGCUGCCUCCCAUUUGGGAAGUUUUUUGGGUUUUCUUUUCUCCUCCUCCGACCUUGGCGGAGGCCACUGCUCAAGCGGCACAGCCAGGGGCGGCCUCCUCGCCUGGAGGCCGCGGACCAUGGUGCGAGGCAGCCACCGCUGAAGUCAGCAAAACCCAGCCUAGCCUGAAGCAGGCUGCGCGGGAGGCCAAGGCCAUGGCCAUUGCCACGUCGGCCCAGCUGGCCAGGGCAUUAUACGACAACACGGCCGAGUCCCCCCAGGAGCUGUCCUUCCGCCGAGGGGACGUUCUGCGAGUGCUGCAGAGGGAGGGCGCCGGCGGGCUGGACGGCUGGUGCCUCUGCUCCCUGCACGGCCAGCAGGGCAUCGUGCCUGCCAACAGAGUGAAGCUCCUUCCUGCCGGGCCAGCACCCAAGCCCAGCCUCUCCGCAGCACCCCAAGCCCCACAGCCCAGCAAAGAGGACCAGGAGGUGUACGUGGUGCCACCCCCAGCCCGACCCUGUCCUGCCCCGGGGCCUCUGACUGCACCUUGCCCACCUUCCCCUGACUCCAUCUACAAGGUCCCCAGAGGCAGCGCAACCCAGCUGGCCGCCCCAGGAGACGCCUUGGAGGUCUAUGAUGUGCCCCCCACCGCCCUCCGUGUGCCUUCCAGCAGCCCCUACGACUCGCCGGCCUCUUUCUCCCGCCUUCUGGCCCGGGGUGCCCCCCAGCCCACUGGAGAGGAGGAAGCCCCCUAUGAUGUGCCGCUGGCCCCGAAGUCACCAACAGAGCUGGAGCCCGACCUAGAGUGGGAGGGGGGCCGAGAACCCGGGCCCCCCCUCUACACUGCACCGUCCAACCUGAAGCGGGCCUCAGCGCUCCUCAACCUGUACGAAGCACCCGAGGAACUGCUGACAGACGGGGAGGGCGGAGGCACCGAUGAGGGCAUUUAUGAUGUGCCCCUGCUGGGGCCCGAGCCACCUCCUUCUCCAGAGCCCCCAGGAGCCUCGGCCUCCAAAGACCUGGACACCUUGUCCCAGCUUCUGCCCAGAAGCCCCCCACCCCAACACAGGCCCCGGCUGCCCUCCGCCGAGAGCUUGUCCCGCCGCCCUCUGCCCGCCCUGCCUGUCCCAGAGGCCCCCAGCCCCUCUCCAGCUCCCUCUCCUGCCCCAGGCCGCAAGGGCAGCAUCCAGGACCGGCCCCUGCCUCCACCCCCACCCCGCCUGCCUGGCUACGGGGGCCCCAAGAUGGAGGGGGACCCAGAGGGUGGGGAGGUGGAGGACGACCCCACAGGACCCCACAACGAGUAUGAGGGCAUCCCGAUGGCCGAGGAGUAUGACUACGUCCACCUGAAGGGCAUGGAUAAAGCUCAGGGAUCCAGGCCCCAAGAUAAGGCCUUCCCAGGGGAGCCUGAACUGCUGGAGAGGGAGCUGCCGGAGAAGCAGGAGGCCCCGUGCCCAGGGGAGCCACUGGCUCUGUCCCCUGCAGAUCUCCAGCUGCUGCAGUUCUACGCAGGCCAGUGCCAGAGCCACUUCUCCGCGCUGCAGACGGCGGUGGCGGCCCUGAUGCGCAGCACCCAGGCCAACCAGCCGCCGCGCCUCUUCGUGCCUCACAGCAAGCGGGUGCUGGUGGCCGCCCACCGCCUGGUGUUUGUGGGGGACACCCUGGGCCGCCUGGCGGCCUCUGCACCUCUGCGAGGACAGGUUGGGGCUGCAGGUACAGCGCUGGGCCAGGCCUUGCGGGCCACCGUCCUGGCCGUCAAGGGGGCUGCCCUGGGCUACCCCUCUGGCCCUGCCGUCCAAGAGAUGGCGCAGUGCGUGGCAGAGCUGGCAGGGCAGGCCCUGCGAUUCACCACUCUGCUCACCAGCCUGGCCCCCUGAGGACCCCUCGGCACCUCCCGGCCUGCAGAGCUCCUCCAGGUCCUGGGGGGGGUGCUCUGUGCUAGGGGCCAGGAGAGUGGAGGUAUCUUUCCUGCCCCUUCUCGCCAUCUCAGCCUCUCAAAGGCGUCUGUUGCUCCCCUCACCUGCAGCUUUUUGUACGAGCCAUUUUGUAUAAAUUAUUUAUAUUUAAUAUGAUCCCCUGCUUCGUCAGGGGCAGGCACCAGGCCCUAUGGGCAGGGAGGAGCUGGCCUCUCGAGCCCUCAGCCGGCGGUGGAGGUUGCUGUCCUGCCACCUGCCUCUGGAAGUUCAGCAGGCCACACAGUCUCGUGGCCGAAACCCGUGGCUACUCAGCUGUCCAGCAUCGGUGCCUCCGGGUUAGGGAGCAAGGGCUGGACGCGGAGUCCCCAGAAUGAAAGUCUGGGAGAGAUCCCAGCGCCCCUCCCUGCUGAAGGCAGGAGGACCGGGCCUCUGGCGGAUGCUCUUCAAUAAACUCUGCUGUCUGA